GCUAUGUACUUCUGGGACACAGAUAUGUGGUGUGAGAGCUGGGAUCAACCAUAUCCAUGGACAACAGUCAAGCCAUCAGAUGUCUGAGGGAUCUGAUUUGUACUCCGAGUUGAUGAAGGCAUCUGCAAAGCGAGGAUCUCAAAGGACAGAGCAAGCACCAAGCACCAUUCCAUCAAAGUUUCCACCUAAGUGCUUUUGACCAUCACAACAAGAGGUUUGACAGUUUUAUGCCCAGUGAUUAUUGGAUACAACAAGCAACACCUUUGGCAUCCAAGGGGUUAAGCAAACACCUCCCACACACAUACAAAAAUCAAGACACUCCUGGUGGGGUAGGAGAAAGAACCGAGAAGGCUGGUGAUUAGAGGAAGACGCAAGUGGACUUAGACCAUCUGUGCCACAUGGGAGACACCCUUAUGGACUGCUCAUUUUCCCCACUUGCUUCCAGGAAUAAACUCGCAUCAAAAGACAUUUACAUAGGCAUGGCCAAAAACCUGGAGACCUCCUAAAAAGUAAGGACAAUAAUGGAUCUAAAUCAUAUGGCUUGUGUCAGAGAACCAGCAAAGUGAAUGGGACAUGCAUGAAGAAGUGACAUACCCCGGGUCACCUGGAAUUCUCCACAACUCUGUUCUCUGGCACGAAAUGCCAGAGUUCAACCUUUCCUAUACGGUUACUCCUAAUGAUACCAAGACAGACACAGCACCUCCGAAGUGCUGGCUUGCCCUCCUAACCCUUAUGGUCAUUGUGCCUACAAUUGGAGGCAACAUCUUGGUGAUUUUGGCAAUAUCGCUAGAGAAGAAACUACAGAAUGCUACUAACUACUUUCUUAUGUCACUGGCUGUGGCCGAUCUACUGGUUGGAAUAUUUGUGAUGCCAAUCGCACUCCUCACCAUUAUGUUCAAACCCGUCUGGCCACUGCCAAAAUGCUUAUGUGCAAUCUGGCUAUUUUUGGAUGUCCUGUUUUCCACAGCAUCUAUUAUACACCUUUGUGCCAUAUCCUUAGAUCGCUACAUUGCCAUCAAGAGACCCAUCCAAGCCAGUCAGUUCAACACCAGAGCCAAAACGCUUAUUAAGAUUGCAGUGGUAUGGCUGAUAUCAGCAGGUAUCGCUCUUCCCAUACCGAUCCAAGGAGUCCUAGACCCAGGCACCAUCUUCAGCCCAAACGACACCUGUGUGGUUCGGACAGAGUUCUUCAAGGACUUUAUUAUUUACGGCUCCAUGGCUGCAUUUUUUGUCCCCUUUGGGAUUAUGGUGGUCAUUUACUUCCUGACCAUUCAUUUACUAAGGAAAAAGGCAUAUCUCAUCAAGAACAAGCCUCCUCAGCGCCUCACCUGGUCUACAGUUUCAACAGUCUUCCAGAGGGACAUGUCUCCUGGAUCCUCUCCAGAGAAAGUUGCCAUGCUAGGUGGCCAAAGAAGAGAUCGGGCAUUGCAGAUAAACAGUGAUGAAAUGCCGAUUCGAAGGCUUUCCAGUGUUGGGAAGAAGUCAAUGCAGACCAUCACUAAUGAGCAAAGGGCUUCCAAAGUCUUAGGGAUAGUCUUUUUCCUCUUUGUUUUUAUGUGGUGCCCCUUUUUUAUUACCAAUGUGGCUUCAGUUCUCUGCGAUCCAAGUGACUGUGAUCCUGAAGUAAUCGAGAUGUUAAUGGAAAUCUUUGUGUGGGUUGGGUAUGUCUCAUCUGGAGUCAAUCCAUUAGUCUAUACGCUAUUUAACAAAACCUUCAGAGAGGCCUUUGGGCGCUACAUCACCUGCAAUUUUCGGGGCAUGCGGCCAGUGGGCAUCCUUCGAAACUGCUCCAGUCGGAUAUCAUUUCGGAACUCAAUGGCCGAAAAUUCUAAGCUGAUCAUGAAACAUGGUAUGAAAAAUGGGAUUAACCCAGCCAUGUACCAGAGCCCGCUGAGGCUGCGGAACUCUCAGCUUGAGUCAUCGGCUAUCCUGCUCGACACCUUAUUACUCACUGAAAACGAAGCUGGAAAGACUGAAGAGCAAGUGAGCUACGUAUAAAGCAAACGCGAUGCUUGAUCUGAUCUUACGUAAUAUAUUUAUAAAAUGGAGGAACAUGUUAUCCAUGGAGUUCGUACCUCACUUUGGUUUCACACUGCACUGGAAGUUUUUGCGUCAUUAUGACAGUGCCUUGUGUGGUCAUAUUUAUAGAAAACAGUAAAAAGCCCCUUGAGAAAAGCCAAAAAAAGGGACAUUAGCACUCUCAAAACUGUUUUUAGCUGGCAACACUGGGAUCUACGUCUGAACAGCACUUGCAAAAGUUAUAAAUGGCAAUUGGUUGAAAUCUUAUUCUCAUAAAAGUACUCUGGAAAGCUGUGAGUUCAAUUACAUUCCAGUAUCACUUUACACAAAACGUCUGGUGAGAGCGCAGAACAUUAGCCACUACCUGUAAACCAUCUGACAUGGACAAUCUGCUGUAUUUUUUUAUUUUUUUUCAUACGGUCUCCAAAAUACACACUGUGACAAAAAUGGUAGGAUUAGUAUGACGGCAGUAGUCAGGCAAAACCAACUACAGAACCACAACUUCUGCAAUAAAAAUCAGUGUGACUUUAUACAGGGUAAAGCGUCUAUAAAGUGCCCAUGUUUCAUGCAGGUGACUGCUUGUGACCACAGCACUGGCUAUGAAAAAUCAAAUGUUCUUUUUCGGAGUAAAGUCGCUUUUGUUGGGUACUGCUUGUUCAGAUUGUAAUUAUUGUAAUUAUUUCUGUUAGUUUGUGAAAGCUAACAAGACAAUAAACCGA